UGGCGGGCGGCAGCGCGGAGGAACCGUCUUAAGCCGGGCGCUGCCGCCGCCCGCCUCAGCCCAACAUGGCGAUGCAUAACAAGGCGGCGCCGCCGCAGAUCCCGGACACCCGGCGGGAGCUGGCAGAGCUCGUGAAGCGGAAGCAGGAGCUGGCGGAAACACUGGCAAACUUGGAGAGACAGAUCUAUGCUUUUGAAGGAAGCUACCUAGAAGACACUCAGAUGUAUGGCAAUAUUAUUCGUGGCUGGGAUCGCUAUCUGACCAACCAAAAAAACUCUAAUAGCAAAAAUGAUCGAAGGAACCGGAAGUUUAAGGAAGCUGAGCGGCUCUUCAGUAAAUCCUCGGUUACUUCAGCAGCUGCAGUAAGUGCAUUGGCAGGAGUUCAGGACCAGCUCAUUGAAAAAAGGGAGCCAGGAAGUGGGACGGAAAGUGAUACUUCUCCAGACUUCCACAAUCAGGAAAAUGAGCCCAGCCAGGAGGACCCUGAGGAUCUGGAUGGCUCUGUGCAGGGAGUGAAACCUCAGAAGGCUGCUUCUUCUACUUCCUCAGGGAGUCACCACAGCAGCCAUAAAAAGCGAAAGAAUAAAAACCGGCACAGGAGCCUACAUGCUGAGGAGAUGAAAGGGGGCAUGCAAAGAAUGGGUGAGGUUUCCUGUCCAGUUUGCUUCUGGAUUGGAUUGCUUUACAAACCCGUGGGACAUUCCUUCCUGCACCUAAGGAUUGAUCUGAAGUUAAACAAAAAACCACGAGCUGACUAUUAGAAGACUCAUCAGUGCAGAAGCCUCCAGGCCACAGAGCCCUGCUUCCCUCCUCUGACCUCACAAAGACAGGCAUCCCUCACCUGAGUCCGUGGCCAUCCACCUCUGCUGCCCCAGACCCAGUGCCUGUGACUAUGAGUAGUCUGUUCUGGAAUGUGGUGACAAGCAAGUCUUUUCUGUAAGACCACAUUGGAUCAUGUACUUUGUGUCAUUUUUAGUGACAGACCUGCAGGAAGACCAAGACAUGGUUGUAAUCCCAGCAAGCUGCUGACUGUGCAUUUCUCCCUUCUUGGAAUGAAUGUCUCCCCCAUCCCCAGGCACCACCUUCCUCCGUGAUGCUCAUCGAGGAAUGUUCUCUGGGUUUCUUUUACGCUGAAAGUAGAACACAGGUCACUCUUCAGAGGGAGGCUGUAAAUAUCUGGCAUUCUCUUAUUUUGUUUGGUUUUAUUAUUUUUCUGUUGUUUUUACCAUCUUAUUUUCUUUUGGGACAUUUUGUAAUGCCAUUAUACAGCUCAUACCUUCCUGCUGACAUCUGAUGGUCUGUUUCAGGCAGUUGCCAAUAUUUUUAACUGAAAAUAAUGGUUUGCCAUAAAUAAAAUGAGGAACUCGGCUCUUUGUUUUUUUGCAGGGAGAAGGUAAAGAGCAUUUAUUUAAUAAUUAUACCUAUCUUAAAUCUUUCUGAGUUGGAAACAGUUUUGAGUUCAGGGAGCAGGAAAAGCUGAAUAAGUUUAAACCAGUCCUUUUAAAACAGGUGUUUUUUAUUAUUUUGUAUAAAUAAAAUUUCACAGGCUUUGACUUCUCAUGCUAUGCUUUUAAACCUGAGAUUGUUUUUUCACUUAUUUAUUCAUAUCAUGCCUUAUGGAAAUUUAAUUUCUUUUUUUCUCCAUCUUUUCUCUCUUUGCUGGUAUUUGCUUGAUUAAAUACUGCUCUGAAAAUCACUAAGAUGUAUAAAAAGACUCAAAAUUGUACCCAAAGCUGAUAACAUACUGAAUUCUUGAACAGAAUGAAAGAGGAUCAACAAGAGCCAGCGAUGCCCAACAGAUUCCCCCUUCCUUCCAGGCUUUGAUGGGCUGAGGAACUUGUUAAUUGCUCGAGUUGUUACCUGCCUCUAGAACAGUGGUGAUCUACUUUGGCUGUACAUUGGAAUUAUCUGGGAAGCUUAUUCAAGAAAUAACAAUGCCUGGGUUCACCCCCAGAGACACUGGGGGUAUAGUCUAAUUAUUAGGAUUUCCUGUCAGAGUCCUGGGAUUCAGGUAAGAAGCCAAGAUGAGAACCACUGCAUCAGGGUCUGGAUGGUUUAAUGUAAGUCCUGUGCUGGGAGCCAGUCUAAAGGGUAGGAUUUGGGGCCUCACCCUUCCUUUGACUCUAUUUAGUCAUAGUCCUUUACUUAUGCCCUUAUCUUUGUUAGAAAAAAUAUGUUCCAUUUGUGAUAAUAUUGAUAGAGCUAAAUGUGGAUGGUGUCUUAUCAAAACAAGUUACCCUGUCAGAUGUGCAAAAGCUUUCACUUUUGUCCUCAAAUAAAUUUUUUUCUUGACUCUGUG